GUCAUGGCAGACAGACCAUCCCGAUCUUCUCUUCCUCCAUCCACGAGAGCGCUACCCCAGCCUCCUCAAGCCAUCCGACCUGAAGAUGGCUUUGCUGAAACAACGGAACUACUCAAUACUUCUGAAACUAGCUUUCAGCAGUAUGCAGGUCAUCGCAGUGUGCAUAUGCUAAAUACAGUCGGGGAUACGCUGAGUGUCCUCCAAACCGACGUCUCGACCGUGCAGAGUCUCGCAUCUCCCUUACAGCUCGCCAUGUCUACCGAGCCCGGGAAAGAGAUACGGCAGAUGAUUUCUGAUAUUGUGGACGGCAUCCCGGCGUUGCUGAAGGUGCUGGAUGAUGUUGCUCAGAUCCACCCUUUCAUCAAGAUCGCUGUGGGUGCGUUUAGAGUCGCCGUCGAACUCGACCUAAAACGGAGGGAUAAUGACAAGAAGAUACCCGUACUCUUCGCCGAGAUGAGGGAUAUGAUGGCUGUGCUUGUGCAACUCAAAGACAUCAGCAAGGACAAGCGUUCUGGAGAAGACAACACGACGAUAUCCGGUCGUAUGCAACACCUCAUCGACAGCACAGAACAGGAUAUCAGGAAGUGCGCCAACUCAUGUAAUGCGUAUGCCAAGAAGAAGACGCUGUCGAAGGUCAUACAUAGCUCGUCUUGGAGCGACGAGUUCAAGGGGUAUAUUCAAGGCUUCAUGACUCGCCGGGGCGAGUUUGAGUUCACGCUGUCGCUCUACAUUGGCCACGCAGUAAACACCGCCAACGACAAACUCGUGAGCCUCGAAGAGAAGAUGGAUCGCGUUCUGCGAUACUUCGAAGCAUGCACGUCGCCAGAGGAACGCGAGCUCAGCAGGCUCGUCGACCUGCAUGGCGGACCUCAAGCGGUGAUGCGGGACCAGGAUCUACUGCGAGAGAUCUUCGAGACGCGAGUCACCGGGGCAGGACUAUCUGGUCCCGAGCGUAGAGGCCGUCAAGGUGUCGUGGACGAAUUCAAGGAGCUGCAAGAGGAGCUUCAAAUGGACGUCCAGACAGCCAUCCGUGACAACAUGGAGCAGUUUCAAGCGAAAUUUAUCAUUCAGCAGAGGGAGCUUGAAGAGCAGAUGCGGCGCACGAUGCACCGCGAAGGAGAUCGCAUCAUCGACACGAUCAUCUCUGGUCCUCAUGACAAGAUCUUGGACCCGGACCUUCACGAUAUAUGGAAGGAGAUGCGUUGGCGUGGAAGCGUGAAAGACCGAUAUUUCGUCCUCGCGAUCCGCGACUACUUCCGUGAGGAGCUUGAUCAGCUCAAACGGAUGGAGAUGAACGCUACACCGACCGUCUCGAGUCGCCAAUUCAGCCAGGAGGAUGAGUGGACGGUGGAGUACAUCAACGUCACACGAGUCCAACCCAUCAUCGAGGCCUUCGACGACGAUGCUUCUGGGUUCAUCACUGCAACAGAGGUCAAUGCUUUCACUACCGCUCGCCCCGAUAGUUGGAGCCUCCUACAUUGGCUGGCCUAUUGGGCUAUUGGUUUUCAAAUGUCAAUGAGCGAUUACGCAUCGAAAAUCGACGUCCUGCUAGCUAAGAUGUUUGCUCUCAAGCCCCACGUUCUACCCGCUAACCGCAACGCGAUGGAACGCUACCUUUGGGUUGUUUGGACCUGCGUCACCAUGCUCACCAACGCGUUUCGCCGGAUGGAUGUUGACGAAGCGCUCUUAUCCAAGUUUGACGACUACACUAAAUCGGAGGAGAAUCGUCUGCUCAAGAAUUUGGAGACUGCAAAGUAUGACAUCGAUGCACGGGACACUCUGGAGUUGAUCUGUGGUCCUGGUCGGAUCGAGAAGCAUUUGUUCCCUUUGCUCUAUCUCCUACUGAAACGUGACUUCGAAAUCAUGAGACUCGCUCGAACACAAUGCCUGAACGUGGACGAGUUAUACGACUCGAUGUGCACCAUAAUCUGGGUCAUUGAAGCGGUCGACGAACGCCACGACGAAUUGGCAGCUCUGUUCAAACAGCAGAAACUAGACCCUGCGCAACAAUUCAAGAUCUUCGCUUUCGAGAUGUUCAAGUAUUGGAAUGAUGAAGCAGAAAUCUGGUCAAUGAAGAAUCUCAAGGACGCGAAGUUCCUCGAGGUUCCGUACGAUGAUAGCUCAGAGUCCCAAGACGUCGAUCCCGCAUCUUUCAUCAAUCACCCUCUUCUCAACACCGAUGAUGUCUUCUCGGCGUACAAGAUCGUGGAGACGGAAGCUGAUGCCCAGGCGGACUCUUCCGUCCAGAGCAUCUUAGGUCACUGGUCUGGUUUCUGCGCUCAAGGCGAUCGAUAUCCGUCACAAUCCAUGCUCUCCCUCGAUAUCGAUGUCUCCCCGUCCAACCCGAAGCGAUUUCAGUGCAAAGGAACAGCGCCGAAUGGCACAAACUGGGAAUUGACGGGCGAGCAGGAGAUCUCACAAGACGGGACAAUGCAGUACUCGUUCAGCAUCAAGUACGCCGCCCGCUUUUCUACGCAAAAUUUCUGCGGCGAACUAGAUGAGACGGGGACGAUGCUUUCCGGCUCUUGGGGAUACAGCGACAAACCUUUCACCUUCAUGUUGAAACGUCUUCCCUCCGACCUCAUGCGCUUCUAUCCCUCGCCCAAGGAGCUUGCUGAGAACAAAGCUCAAGCACUGUGGCGAUUCGUAACCUCCGCCAUUCGUGCACAAGUGCAACUCAAAAUGCGGUCGUGGACGUCACUUAGAGGGCGGUGGCAGACGGGCCAACGUUACAUCGAGCUCAUCAUGAGCCGAGAGACUCGCGAACUCACGCCGGGGGAGACCGUGGACCUCGCUUUGUGUCAGCGAUCCAUGACGCCGGAGGAAGCGCGGCUAUACCAAAUAUUCAGGGACAUGCGUGAGAGGUCCAUUCCAGUCCAUUUCCUGAUCUGGUGCGAUGCAUGCGGUGACGGCAUUAAGGGCGGGCGUAUCGUAUGCCUAUCCUGUGGCAUGAAGGACUCGAUCGACUUGUGCGACAAGGAGAAAUGCUCUGCAUCGGAAGUUCGCCGCGAAGAUCUGACUUCUCCCCAUCUCCCGUCUCACGAUAUCCUCAAGCUCCGAGCAGCGAUUCAUCCGUUCCGUGAGUUUGGGAAGGUAUACCGCGAUGCUCAGGAAGCCUUGAAGAUGGCUCGUGAAUUCUUUGCUGAAGCAGCCAACUCGGAUGAAGGUGCCGAAGGCGAACAACCGCAGUGUGUGCAGUGUCGUGACCGAGUGACCCUUCCAUGCUGGUUGUGUAUAGAAUGCGAAGAACGUGUCUUUGUAUGCGCUUCGUGUGAUUCCAAGCAGCGUCUCGGAAUCACGGUAGGCAAGCACAAACGAACGCACGCACUCGUCCGGUGUCAACCACCAGAGGCGUCCGUCGAUGCCGAGUCCAGACAUGCAGCACAGCUCAACGCUCGCAUAGACAACCUGGAGACGAAGCUCAAGGAGAUCAAUCACAAGAUGGAGGACAGCUUCAGCGCAGUAGACGACCGGAUCACCGUCGUACAAGACCGCCUCAGCGGGAAGAUUGACGAUCGGCUGCAAAGUCUCUCAAAGACCGUGGACGAGCGACUAGGACGCAUGGAAGACCUACUGCUUGUCUUGGGGCAGCGGCUGCUAGGCACAGCGGAUGAGCGGCUCGAAUCGGGUGUGCCGUCCUCGCAGCUGCUGAGGCGUCAAUCGACCUGGCCGACCGCCCGUCUCGGAGUAGCGAACGGCGAGUCCAGUGGUGGAUCCGAGAGUGAGUUCUCGGCAUGGGUGAGGCAGAUGAGGAGGGGGACGUGACUACAUGGGCGACGGUAUUCGAGGAAGUGGUAAGGCAGACGUUUUGUGGGAUUCGGUGCUUCUUGGGACGGCAAGAAAACGAUCCAAAUACCAAAGUCACGUCAGGCGCGACUGUGUCGUAGAUGUUUGCUACAUAUGAUGAAUAUGUGCAACGCCGAUAGAGCCUGUAAGAACGCUUGGAAUGACC